AUGCUGGCGGUCGGAGUCUGCCACGGGACGGCGCAUCAGCUCGCGGCCUCUCCCAUCGAAGCAUUCUCGCUGCGCGGCACCCAGCUGCUGGUCAAGCGCGACGACAGGCUUGCGCUGGGCUCGGGGGUGUCGGGCAACAAGGCUCGGAAGCUGCUUGCACUCGAGGCCAUGUCGCCCGGCCCGAGCCUGAUUGGCUCGUUCGGUGGGCACCAGUCGAACGCGAUGGCGGCGCUUGCGGCGGUGGCGGACGCGCACGGUGCCCGCUUCCUCUACUUUACCAAGCCGCUCCCUCGGUGGCUGGCUGCCGCCCCGAGCGGCAACCUCGAGCGGGCGCUCUCCCUCGGGAUGGAGCUGGUCGAGCUGGCAGACGCGGAGUACGCGUCUCUCUUUGGCGCGGGCGGCGGAGUGCUGCCUGCGGUCGCGCCUCGGCCGCCGGCCGCCCUCCUCCCCCCGGAGGCGCUCUGGCUGCCGCAAGGCGGCGCUGCGGCGCUGGCCGAGCCCGGCGUCGCGACCCUGGCGCGCGAGGUGCGCGAGUGGUGGCAGCCGAGGAGCGGGCGGCUCGACCUCGUCGUCCCGGCGGGCACCGGCACGACGGCCCUCUUCCUCGCGCGCCACCUCUCGCAGACCAGCGCCGUCACCGUGUGGGCGGUGCCGUGCGUCGGCGACGGAGACUACAUCGAGGCGCAGAUGCUCGCGCUCGACCGCUGCACGGGCGGCGCCGUAGGAACUAACAGAAAGGCACUGCCCCGCACGCUCGCGAUGCCGGGCGGCGCGGCGCACCACUUCGGCGCCCUCGACGGGGAGGAGCUGGCGAUGUGGCAGGAGGCGGCCCGCGCCGGCCUCGACGUCGACCUGCUGUACGCGCCGCACGCCCUGCGAGUGCUCUUCGACACGCUCCUCUCGCACGAGCGCGCGGGCGAGGGCGACGCGACCACCCUGUACCUCCACACUGGUGGGCUGGAAGGGGUGGAGUCGCAGCUGCGGCGGUAUCGAAGAGCGGGGUGGGAGGUGUGA